CUUCGUUAACCAACGGCCCGAUGUUGGCAAACGCCAAAAGCAAGCAGGUAGACGAGUAUCUCCAAAGUCACCACGUGGACAACUUUGAUUUCGUCGACUACGGUCCCGGGGGCAAGGCGAUAAGAACGACCUUCUUCAAAACGAAUGGCGGCCAGUUCUCGCAAUCCUCGACCUUUGUCGACGCGUCAUCAGCGGGAGGAGGUCAAGGUGAAGGUCACGUGGUGCAGCAAGAGGGAUCUGGAACUGAACACGGCCAUGCGCAGACGAUCGUCACCGGACAAGGAGCAGCGUCCGCCUCGUCCUCCGGUCCUGGCGGAACGAUCACGGUGAUUUCGAUGCCAGGGGGCGCUUACACACCCGUGCCCAUGCAGCUAGGCGUGCCUUCCAGUGGUCCCCCCGGAAGCAUCAUCAAAGAGGAUCUCUCCUGUCCUGUUUGUCUUGGACAAAAUGCUCCUACUAAAGAGUAGCUUUUUUUAUUCCACAUCUGGUGAUCAUGAUUUUCUUCGAUGAAUCUUCGGACCGGCAACAUUAAUGGACUAUAACUGUUAGUGAUCAAGUUAAAACAUUCAAGCGAUACUUUUCUUCCCCUGUUCAAAUACAAUAGUGUUUAGGGUUUGGUUUGUUUUUCUUUAAAAACUACAGAUUUGUACCGUCUUUGUUGUUUAGCUUGUUGUACAAUAAAUGACGAAAUGUU